ACAAUUGCUACAUGAUGAUCCGGAAGAAAACACAACCUUCAAGUGGCAUUUACACGCCAAGAAAUUGCUCGCUGAUUUUUAUUGAUAAGCGCCUAAUGCGAUAUUCUUUUAAUCGUGUUGCUAGUUGUUUACGACUGAUAUAAGAACCCCUAGUAUGUACACAGCGCGACUCCUAUUGAAAAUGAGGACGCCUUUAAUCUUCGUCACCAGAAGCUGUCAAACUGUUGGCUGCUGGCGACAGAUCGCCUUUUUAUCACGGAUAUCAAGUAAUCACAGGGCGAAGCAUACAAGCAGGAAUGUUUGCGAAGAGGAAAGAAGCUACUACAUAACCACGCCGAUCUUCUAUGUCAACGCUUCACCUCAUCUGGGCCACUUGUAUUCUGCACUUUUAGCUGACUGCAUGCACAGAUACAAGCUUCUACGGGGAUUCAAGUCCAGAUUUGCAACAGGCACAGAUGAGCAUGGUCUAAAAGUCCAACAGGCGGCCGACGCAGCAGGAGAAGACCCCCUGACCUUCUGCACAGGCGUGUCCAAGAGAUUCCGGCACGUCUUUGGCAACUGCAACGUGUCCUUCACUGACUACAUCAGGACCACUGAGGAGAGGCAUCGGAAAGCCGUGGAGCACUUUUGGUGUACGCUGCAAGACAAAGGACUCAUAUAUAAGGGCAGCUACGAGGGCUGGUACUCCACGCCGGACGAGAGCUUCCUGACGUCAACACAGGUGGCUGACGCUGUGGAUGUGACGGGCCAGGCAAUCAAGGUGUCCUUGGAUAGUGGACACAAGGUGGAAUGGGUGAAAGAGGAGAACUACAUGUUUCGUUUGUCAUCGUUUCGGACACAACUGCUAGACUGGCUCCACAAAAGCCCUGGAGCAAUCCAGCCUGAGCGUUUCCGUCAGGAUGUUCUCCAGUGGCUCCAGGAAGACCUCCCAGACCUUUCCGUGUCCCGCCAAAGAAGCCGUCUCCAGUGGGGGAUUCCUGUGCCAGGCGAUCCUCAUCACACAAUCUAUGUGUGGCUGGAUGCAUUGGUUAACUAUCUCACGGUGGUCGGUUACCCCGAUGGCCACCUUCAUUGGUGGAGUGUGGUUCGCCAUAUCGUUGGCAAAGACAUCCUAAAAUUCCACGCCAUCUACUGGCCAUCUUUCCUCCUUGGGGCGGGACUGUCGCCUCCUCGGUCCAUACACGUGCACUCACACUGGACAGUCAAUGGGACCAAGAUGUCUAAAAGUUUAGGCAACGUUGUAGAACCCUCUGAGCGCUCACGGGCAUUCACCACUGACGGUUUGAGGUACUUCCUUCUGCGUCAAGGCGUACCCGAUUCUGACUGCGACUACACGGACCACAAAGUCCUUAAGCUGCUCAACGCUGAACUAGCAGACUCCUUGGGUGGCUUACUGAACCGCUGUACCGCUCCUGCUCUCAAUCCCACCCAGACCUACCCGCCAUUCUGCCCUAUGACUUUUCCCAGCGAGCAAGGCGGUAGGGCUGUGUCGGAAGACUACCGCAUGCUGGAUGCUGUGCAAAACCUCCCAACGUUGGUGGCGCAUCACUACGAGAGGCUCAACAUCUACAAAGCCCUAGAGGCCAUCGCGUCCUGCGUGAGACAAACCAAUGGCUUCAUUCAACGCCACGCUCCUUGGAAAUUAAACCGGACGGAUGACUGGGACCAACGCUGGCUUGAAACUGUCAUCCACGUCUCCUUGGAAUGUAUGAGGAUUUAUGGGAUCCUCCUGCAGCCCAUCGUGCCACGAGUUGCUGACAAGCUGCUUUCCAGGCUCGGCGUGCGAGACGACGAGAGAAACUGGAGCGACCUGAACUUUCUGCCGAGCUUCUGUGGGAAAGACUGCCCCUUCCAAGGGAGAGCUCUUGGACCAGAGACAGGCGUGCUUUUUAAUCGCCUGGAAAGUCCCAAUGGAGAAAAGCAAAAGGAAAAUAAAACUAAAAAGCACAUGAAAACAAGUCAUUUGAAUAAAUUUAGAGCACAUUCACAAGUGAAUUCAUCUCAAGACAAUUUGCAUAGAGACCAAGUUUAGAAUGACAUUUAUGAAAGAAAGAAAAACCAUCUCAACCAAGACAACAAUGCCCCAGGAAAAACCCUUCAACAGAAUAGGCUCAAAGUAUUGAUGCUGUGACCUGUGGCUGGCCUGCAUUGUGAUGUAUCGCUUAAAAACUCAAUAUUUUGAAUCAUGAAAUCUGAAGUUCAUUAUUGUUAUACUCUCACCUAUCAUGAAUCUCCUGUAAAGCCUUGCUGAACCUUUAAGUUUUCUGAAGACUGAUUAAAACUCUACAAUCAUGAGACUCCUGUUGUCAAAUGCUGACAGCCUCCAGGAGGAACACAAGCAAAUAAAAGGCUAUUGCUGAGCAGAAGAAAAAUGUGGUCGGAAAAAAUGCACAAGCUGUCAUAACCCGUUGAAAUAUUUUUUCAUUUCACAAAGUCAUAAAUUAUACAUGUGACAAAAAAUUUGUGCAGGCCAUACUCUCAAAUUGGACGAACCAUGUGUCCCGUAAACCCUUAUCGUUGAAGAAUAAACUCUACAGCAAACCAACUCCACAACAAACAGGACAUUUGCAAUGCCUGCGUGUCUUCAUCCCACUAUUGAUUUUUACUCUGUUCAAUGGUAUCAUAUUACUAUUAUUUUUCAACGGCUAUACAACCAUUGUCAUUUUAUCACUCCUAUGCAUAAAUCAUUGAGAUUUGAGAUUCCAAUUUUAGGAUCAGCUUUGUUCCAUAAAGUUUUAACAUCAUACCUUCAAAUGAAAUGAGCGUCUUUCCCAUCUUACUUGAUCCAACUUGUCGGUGGUGAGAUGUAGUGCUUCUUGACCCUGCAGAAAUUUUUUUUGUGCCAAUGUGCACAUUUGACGAUAGGGAAAUUGCUUCCGCUCAUGCAACAUGAAGAAUGAGGCCCUACACAGAGUGUGUGAUCUGUCUCUAUUGAAAGGCGUCAACAUCCCUGUAUAGAAGUGAGAAAUACCAAUUUUAAAAAGUAAUACAAUUUAAUAGGGAUGUCCUGAUCAAAUCUUGUGAUUGGAAACCGGGCCGAUCGCGCCAUUUUUCAGAGGAACGUGAUCGGGUGAAAAUGAUCAGGUUUUUUAUUUUAAAUGUUUUUCUGCUUCAUGCUCGUCACCCUCCCUCCUGCUAAGCGGUGUAGCCAAACUAUCCAGCUUGCAUUUGGUACUUAGUUAACGAUGACAGGUUUGUAGCUUUGAUCUUGCCAGAGAAGCUUGGUUGCUCUACUAUCAAAGGCACAAAUGUGUCAAUCAUCGUUAAACUUGCAUAAGUGUGCUGUGGCAACUCAUUGUGUAUGUGAGGCUGUUCACAGCAGUGUGAGGGGAUUUGAGUGGUCUCAAUGAAGCUUUGAAUAAAGACAAGCAUUUUUCGACAUUAUUCUUGUUUAAAAAUCACAUUAUGAAGGUGGCACGGUGGGACAUGUUUGGAAUUUUUUUUUUGGUAUCAGAUCGGGACUUUCAGCAGAUUCUCAAAAUCAGGUGACAUUCUGGUGCAAAAAUGCGAUCGGGACAUCCCUACAAUCCCUCGUACUGUAUCUCCUUAAAGAGCUCAUCAGUCAGAAACAUCGCACAUUGCCUCGGCUGGCCAACUCAGAAGCUAUAGGAAACAAGUCCGCAAUUGAUCAGCCUUGAGACAAAAACUGGGCUCCAAAGAUUGAUGCGUAUACAUCCCAAGAACAUACCUACCAAAUUCUAUUUUGAUCAGUCCACAAAUGAUGGAGUAGAAAUUUUAGUGAUGUGUCUUAACCAAGAACAACAAAGCGAGUGCAAUCUUGAGCCUCCCUUCCAGGCGGUCUCAAAUGUUGUACAACUAAUGUUGCGAGUUCUGUAAACACAAACAUGUCCAACGAAUGUGUGGCUUCAUGCAUUUUUUUUUUUUUUUUUUGUGGAAAUUGGGCUAUUUGAGACAAGAAACCAUUUUUUCCUCUCUGGACUUUGAUAAAAGUUUUCAUUUCACAUGUCUUUUUAAAUACAGAAUACAGGUAGCAAACAAGACAUUACAAGACAUAAGAACUUGACAUGAUUUAAUGAGAAAUAAACAAAACUGAAAAAAUUGUACAAAGUGAAAUAAAAUACUGGGGCGGGGGGAGUAUUAUUGUUCUCCUUUUAGUUGUUGUUGUUUUUUUGUUU